AGGAGACAGAGGUGUAAUGAGGAACUGACAUCAAGAACAACAGAUCAUUUCUGGGAAUGGUGAUGGAGUACUUCAUGAUAGGCAGCUGCCUCGGUCACGUAACAGUACCCAGAUCGCAGAGUAGGGGAAAGAAAUGCAAAGGAUCCUUGUCUUCCCAAAAACUUACUGUACCUUAUUGCUGCUGGGGCUCAACUCAGACAUGUCUAAGCGCUGCCUCUGUUCUGGAAAAUAAUGCCAACCCUUAUAAUAACAAAACUUUUGGAAUGGCAAGACCAAGCAUUUUUCGGCAAGAUUCUUGGUUAGAAGAAAGGUUCUAUAAGUUACCUGAAACACCAUGUUAUGGAAUAUCCAACCCUAUGUUUUCUCAGAAGGCUAUCAAAACUUACAAGGCUUAUGUCUACCUAUCUCCAUGUUACGCUGUGGAACAAGAAGAGAAAAUAAGUGUUGCUGAAUUAUUGUCUGGGAUUGACUCGCUGUGUAGAGCUCGGAAGAAUGAGGAAAAAAAGGAGAAACUUUCCUAUCUCAGCAGACCCCUGGAUUUACCUAGUUCUUCACGUGGGCCAAGUGAUACUCCUGGGUUUCAGAUUACGCACAAAGGUAAAACAUACUGGGACUGGAGAGGUGUGGUUGCACCGGUUCCUGUGAAGGAAGAUGAUCAGAUGAGCCAAAAACAUGUGAAACUGAAGAAGGUAGACUUCCGAACCAACAAAAAGAAAUGUGCUGCAUCGGGUGGUAAAAUAGAAAAGAAAAAAUGGAGUGAUAAAUGCCUUUCCCUUCAAACACAGAAGAAGCUGAAGAAGAAUGUAACUCACCCAGAAAUCUUUGAAGCUGUUUGUGAUAGUAAAAAGCAUCCUAGGAAUAGAGAAGAACUUAAAGCAGUCAUUUGCAUUCAAAGAUAUGUGAGAGGGUGGCUUGUACGUAGGGCGUACAUGAGAGUAAAGAUUAAGUCAGCAAGUCAUGGGUCAUCCUUACUAGCAGCUGUGAAGUGCUACCGUAACAUGAUGGCACGCAUUAAAAGUCGAGCUGGUGUUUUGGAUCUGUCUACACCACUUCAUUAUUUUGAAUUAGAGGAGUGGAUGGACAAGAAAAAAUUUUAUGAAGCAAUGUUUUCCAAGAGGGAGUUUGGCCAAAAAAUGGACAGAAAUCAUCUACCUGAGUAUUUUAGAGACUGUGGAUAUUUUAUACCUGCCAGCGGAGUACAGCGGAUCUUUCAGCUGGUCUUUCCAGCUUCUGCUACUGCUAUAAGAAACAUCAAAAAGCAUCAGGCAGUUGAAAUGGCUUUCACGAUGUUUCCUCCUCUUGGUGCAAAAGUGAAGAAUGUAAUUACAGUGCCACUUCCAUGGCUGCAUCCUCUCAUGGAUGGAAGAGGUGGAUCCAAGAAAUCAGUAUUUUCUCAUCGAAAGUCAAAAAAGCCUGAUUUUCAAGUGUCAGCUGCAUUAGUGACUUCUUCAAUGAGAGGGCAGACAGAAGCGUGCCUCUCUGAUCAAAAUUGAUAGUGCCUCUGCUUGAAAAACUGGUGAAGUCUAAAGAAAUCAAGUUCCAGAGUUGACACAUUUUCUCAUAGGGAAAGAAUAUUGCAUCUGGGCGUAAGCAGAACACCAAACUCCUUCAUGUUGAAGACAUCUUCAACUAGAACAUAAUAAAUGUGAAAAUCCAUCAUGUUACAUCAUUUUUGACCAAACAGUGUGCACUUGAUAGGGUGAAUCAGUGUGCAGCGUACACAGUGAAUUCGAAGAUCAAAACAUCGUGACUUAGGCAACUGAAAAGUGUAAAAUUGUACCAAUCUUCACAGAGCAACGGAUAAGCCAACAUUGUUGCUUUUUAAUAGGAUAUUUGUCUUUCAAAUUGGUAAGGGACAGGGCUUUAUACUAUCCAUCUUUCAGUAAAUGGAGAGGCAAUUCGUUCGCUAAAAAGUCAGUAAGUAUUUCAGAAUUUGGGGCCUAAAAAAAACAAUCGCACUCCUGAUUUUUCUCAGUGCGUGCAGUAUGACACCUGUUCUCAUCACUGUCAUAAAUCUGUUGUUUAAUGUGGAGAGAGGAAUCAAGGAGAAAAGGUACUGCUUGUUUCUUUUGCGCUGUAAGCACAGCUAACAACAGGUGCAAUAAACUCAUUGUUAUUUUCACAGAGGUUUUUUUUUCCAUUGCCCCACAGGCACACCAGCAGCUCGUUCAACAUGCAGCCUACCUGGAGGUGAGAGGCAUUGGGGACCCUCUAAAAUAGAUGUGCUGUACCAGGAGAAGUGUUCACCCACUCUCAGCUGACUCUGUUUAGGAGUUUAGCUGUCCAUCAGCAACUGUUUCU